GCUUCUGAAUUCUGGGACCCAACCAACACUGGACAGACGGAAUACGCAGAGAAAAGAGAGAGGAACAGAGAGGCUUGACUCGGUGACGCCCUCGAUGCCUCCCAAGCGGCUCGCGCGGCUGUCGUCGCGAUCGCCUUCUCCUCCCCUCCCUUCUCAACAGCAGCAGUCACGCGCUUCUCCGGCAGCAGCAGGGGCGGCGCCCGCGGCAAAACCGUGCGUGACAUGCGCGCGCCAAAUCACACCGCGGUCCAAGUGGGCGCGCAACUGGGACGAGAUCCGGCACUGCUCGGCCACAUGCCGCGCCUGGCGCUCUGUCCUGCCGCUGCCGCGCUUGUCUGCUGUUUCUCUCCCAGCUUCUCCUCUAGCACAGGCACGGGCACGCGAGGACGGCAACAACGGGUGCGAAUGGACACGAUUCGUUACGGUGGACCACGGAGCGGGGCGAGCGGGGGCAGGCGUAUUCGCGUUUGAUGCGUGGGUCGAAGCCAACAGCCUCAUGGCCUCUCGCGAGGGCAGGCGCACCACGCUCGACGAUGUCACGGCGCGCCUUGAUGAUCAGCUCGGCGCUGACCUACCGCCGGGGGAUGCUAGACUGGCGGUGCCAUUACUGUUGCGUGGUGGUGGCGAUGGCGGCGGCGGCGGCGGUGGCGAUGGCAGCAGCAGCAGCAGCGGCAGCAGCAGUAGCAUGUGGGAGACAAGAAAGCGCGAGACGGUGAGGCGCGCCGCGAGGCGCCUCGUCAUCUUUCCCUUUGCGCACUCGGCCCUCUGCACCUUUCUCAACGCCGAGCAGAAGCGCCGCGAGGACACAGACGAGGAAAGUGCGAGGCAGCUCAGGGUCCUCGCCAAGUCGUUCAGCCUCUGGCAGGGCAAUCGCAGGCUCGUGUCGCUCGAGGAUGUCAGCUUUGCAAAGGGACCUAUUGCGGUGGACCAGGUCAGCGAGUAAUGUGAGCAUAUAUCCUUUCACCGUAGCAUUGUGCCGUGGUUGUAAAAGUAGCCUUGGCAGUCCGUCUCAAUCGAUGAUAGCACUGCAAGGGCAUGGCAUUGAUUGGUGAAAUUAGCGAGAAUGAGUAGGAGAAGAAAAGAGAGAGAAAGGGACGGGAGAAAGACAGCUUGGUUUAUGAUACAGUCUAGUCUAUUCGAUGGCGCUCACGCAGCCGCGGCAACGGCCCCAUAGCGCGCCAGGAUGUUGCGGACGUCCCUCUCCUCGCCGUGGCCCCAAUC